CCAUACAAACAACAGGACAGGCAGCGUAACAUGUCGCGUUGUAAUGCUAUAAUAACACAUAUGGUUUGAUUACUGUUACAGCUUUCCAAGGCGCUGCUUUUUUUUUUUUUUUUAUUGCCAUGUGUUUGUUAAACCGAAACUCGCUUUUCUUGCUUUUAUUCGUCUGUGACUCGCUACAGAAGGUUUUUUGGGGGGAGAGCAGCUGUAACAAUUGAACAGAGCGCAUGUGUGGAAAGCUUGGGGCAGUUCCAUUUUUCAUCCAGUGAAGUUUGGAAGAGUAGAGGAAAGUAUUUUAAAGAAUAUUUGUGGGUUUAAAAAAAAAAAAAAGGUUCUCCAUUUUUUCACGGUGGAAUAAGCAACGCUUGAAAGUUUGUGGUUGGUGAAGUGAAGGUGGUUCUCUCGGUCCCAGGCGUUGCGGUUUUCAGGUCACACAAUGAUGCUGUCUGGGAUUGACCUGGAGCAGCUGGCUGAAAUAGAACUGCAGAAGGAUGAAGAGGAGCAGAAGAGUGUUGGAAGCAGUCUAUCCACCCCUGCAUCAGUGCCUCGUGAAGAAUCCUAUCUUGAUAUCAGCCAUCCUUACUAUGAUGUGGCUAGGCAUGGAAUCAUCCAAGUGACAGGCGACGACAAUUACGGCAGGAAGCUGGUUGUUUUUAGCUGCUGUCGCAUGCCUCCCUCCCACCAGCUGAAUCACCAGAAGCUGCUGGAGUACCUGAAGUACACACUGGAUCAGUACGUGGAGAGCGAUUACACCGUGGUCUAUUUCCACUUCGGUCUCCGAAGCAUCAACAAGCCCUCUCUGAAAUGGCUGCAGCGCGCCUACAAGGAGUUUGACAGGAAAUACAAGAAAAACCUCAAAGCCCUAUAUGUUGUUCACCCUACCAACUUCAUCAAGAUCCUGUGGAAUAUUUUCAAACCGAUCAUAAGCCAUAAAUUUGGAAAGAAGGUUACAUAUGUCAACUAUCUGAGUGAACUAAGGGACCAUCUCAACUGUGACCAGCUGGUAAUCCCUCCAGAAGUGAUCAGGCAUGAUGACAAGCUGCGUGCAACACAGAAAGGUGGCCCCCCUCUGCCAGCAAAGACCCCUCCACCCCGACCCCCCCUCCCCACACAGCAGUUUGGGGUGACCCUUCAGUACCUCAAAGACAAAAAUCAAGGCGCAUUAAUCCCCCCUGUGGUGAAGUGCACUGUGUCCUACCUCAAACUAAAAGGGCUUCAGACCGAGGGCUUGUUCCGAAGGUCAGCCAGAGUUCAAGCCAUCAAGGAGAUCCAGAAGCUCUAUAAUUUAGGAAAGCCUGUGAACUACGAUGACUACUGUGACAUCCACGUUCCUGCGGUGAUCCUGAAAACGUUCCUCCGGGAGCUGCCGGAGCCCCUGCUGACCUACGACCUCUACGAGCAGGUCCACAGCAUCGCCAGUGUGGAGAGCAGUCUGCGUGUGAGCCAGUGUAAAGAGACUGUGGAGAGCCUGCCAGAACACAACUACGUACUGCUCAAGUACCUGACCUGCUUCCUGCACAUGGUGUCUCAAGAGAGCAUCCACAACAAAAUGACCCCUUUCAACCUGGCCUGCGUGUUCGGGCUCAACCUGAUCUGGCCUCCCAGGAGCACGGCGUCGCUGGGGGCUCUCAUGCCUCUCAACAUGUUCACAGAGCUGCUGAUCGAACAUUACAGCAGGAUCUUCGGCUCCCGCGUGCCACCCAGUGAAGUGCUGCCUUAAUGCAGAGGAACCAAAAGGUGCCAGGCUGGUCAUUUCCACAGCAUGAAGACAACAUCACUCCAUACGCUGCCCAGGCGGUAAACGUCGGGCACACUUUUAAUGGGGGCUAUUCAAUUGCCACCACUUUAAAUAUCAAAACAUGACCAAAACCAAGGUUUAAGUAGAUUUAAGAUACCAUUAAGAGAAUUGCAGACUCUGGUAUGAUAUGUGGUUUUUCACAAAGUUUGAGUGAUUUCAAAUUAGUGUUAUUCAGCUCCCCCACAGUUUAGAUCUAUCGGAUAGACACUCGCGCCUCUGCGUAAAUACGUUGACCAUAUUUUCCAAGCGCUUUCCUCCAUUCUUUAAUUAAGUCCUAUUUUUGAAAGGAGAAAAAAGCAUGUUAGUUAUAUUGCUUGGUUGUUUUGGUUCUAGUUUUGAAAAAUUAACAGGUAACAGAAGUAAACGCUUUGAAAGUUUGGCCUUUGAUGAUCUUAACUGAUGGAUCUGAAGGUCUUUAACAGGGUCCCCAAAACUUAAAACACUUCAUUCUUAAUGUUCUGCAAAAAACAAGUGCUUUGGAAGAAGGUGGUUUUUGUAGAAAAAAAAAUUGGAUUAGUAAUCAUUAAAUUGGGGCUGUUUGUGGAUAUGAAAGCAAACAGAUUUAGGAACUGAGUAAAAACACAUCACUUUAUGAGGCUGUAUCGCAGCAACAUACUUUUCUGUUUAAUCCUAAUUGUUUUAAAAAAUCAUAAAUCACCUGGGGAACCCAUUUCUCAACUUUUCCUCUAGAGCGUUCAGCAGGAGAAAGAUGAUUUCUGUUGUACAGAUUGCAGUGUAUCCAGAUCAUGCUUCCUCCUGAAGCCAGUGCUGUUUUUCUUCCCACAAUACGCCACUCAUUCUUGCACUGAGGGAGCAUGAUGUGUAUGCACGACACAUGUAAUAUUUAUAAUUCUCUGUCUUCUGGCAAAUGCUCCUCAGUGAAACUUGGGGAAUGUAUUCUCCAGGUGAUUUCCCUGGCAUACUAUAAUAGCAAACUGUACAUAACUAUGCUAAGUAUACAAGGUCUAGUUUUUCCACAGAUGCAUACACAGUAACUGUCAUGGACAGGGGGUGCAAUAUUAUACAACUAAGGAGUGGAGAUGAGGCAUAUAGGUUAAAACUUUUGUCCUAGAGGGCUAUAUAGAGGCUGUCCGAUGUCCACUGGAGGACAUUGUAUCAGGGUGGCCCACACUGGUCCUGGAGAUCCGCAGGGUCUUAUGGUUUUCGUUCCACCGUCGUCUUCUUUAAUUGAACCAAUUAUUUUCUUAAAUGGUCACUAAUAGAAAAUGUUCCAGGUCUUUAGCCACUGGUGAUUUAACCUGCAGGAUUGUGGUUCUGCAGGUACAGGGUUGGCCACACCUGCACUAUAUCAGCACGAGGGGACAACAGUGUUCCACAAAACCCCAAGUAUCCAGUCUAUGUAUUUUAUUGAUCCCUGAAAGAUGACUAUCUGUUUCCGGCUCUCAGGCAGUGGGGCAGAACUCUUGCAGAAGGCGCUUCGGGUCUUGAGGCCUGUAUUUCUCCAGGACUUCUCUAAAUAGAUGUUUUUCAAGUGGAGAUAAUGCUGAAGGAUGUUUUUAUUACAACUUUUGUGUUUUUAGCAUCUUUGUAGUUUAGAAUUUGUGGAAUAUGCUCAUGCCAUAUUUGCCCUUUUGUAUUGUAAAAGUGGAUUGCGUCAGUCCAGGUCAGAGCAUUGUGAAAGACUCCAGGGUCUGUAGUGCAAGGGUUAAUUAGGUGAUUAAGCACAUUAAAACAUGAGCUGGUUUUUGUAUGGGAUUGGGUGUUGGAAUUCUUUAGUGCACCUACAACUACAAAAACUAUUGACACAUUCUGCAUCUUUCAACUGAUGUGCAUUAAUUAUACUGAAACCCCACUCCUUAUUCCUUCAUCGAAAUCACAGCGCUUAAACACUGUUCUCUCACUAGUGAUUCCAAGGAGUGAUUUUAUGGAAACAUAAGCUUUUCAAAUUUUAAAAUGCAUUGUUUAUCAAUGAAAAAACUUCAAUUUGAUGCACUAACAUCUGUGGAUGGGAAGUUCUUCAGCAUAUUGCAAAAGCAUCCUACAUCAGUUGUGCCUAUCGACAAAUAAUGGAAUGCAAAAAGCAUAGAAUACAAGUCUAUGUAAGAUAAGAUUGUACAAUGCUCUAGUUACACCCACCUAGAGUACUGUGUGCAGUUUUGGUCACCUCACUACAAAAACAUAACUGCACUGGAGAAGGUACAGAGAAGGGCAGCUAGGCUGAUCCCAGGACUCCAUGAACUACGAGGUCAGGUUAAAAUGAUUUAAAUCUCUUCAGCCUAGAAAAAAAAAAAAGGAAAGAGGGGACUUGAUUGAAGUCUUUUGAAAUCAUAAUUGAUAUAGAUGAUUAACCAAAGACACCACUUCAAAUUUAGCACAGAGAGAACAACAAGAGGGCAUGAAUGGAACUGAGUAGAGUUUAGAACAGAAGAGAGGAAGCACUUUUUAUACAGAGGUAUAAAUGCAUGGAGUAGUCUUCCAGGUGAAGAAGUAGGAUCUAAAACACUGGAAACAUUGCUUUUAAAUUAGUUCCCCCCCAGUAGGGGAGAAUGGUGUGCUAACAAGGGAUGAGUCUUAAUGAGCCAAAUGGUCUCUUCUCGUUUCCAAACUUUUCUUGUGUUCUUAAAUGUCACUAACAUAUGAAUACCUUCCUACAACUACCCUGCCAGCAUUUAGAAGCUGGAAUUUCCUUUUUUUUUUUUCUUUAGAAUGCAUAAUACUUAGAAUCGGACAUUUUGCACCUCGCAGUAUAAUUCAUUUCAUUUCAUAAAAAUAUUCAAUUAUAUAUGUAUAAUUUUUUUUUUAUUUUUUUUUUUUGUACUAACUUUUUUCAGUUCUUCCAUAAUUCUGUCAAGAUGGCAUUUCUUUGACUUAUAAAACAGUUUUAAUAUAAAUUGAAUAAUCAAUAUGAAAUCACUGGUCACACUGUCAAUGCAGGGCACAUUUUUCUCAAUGUGAAUUCAGUGUCAUCAUUUGGGUGAGAGUAAUUAUUCUGCCACUUAGAAAAAUAAAAAAUCUAUCAAAUGAA